ACACCUUCUUUAUAUUUUCGACCACUUUCUGUAUUCUCUGCGAUUACAUUGAUUGUUUUUUCAAUUAUUAUAUUAGACAAUGGCGACGGAAAAUACGCGUUCUUUGCAAAAGAAUUCCGUAGCACUCGAACCACUUUUCGCAGAAGUAGUUGUGAAGCAGGAACCGGACGAUUGCCCCUCUACAUAUCUCUCUGAAAGCGAUAAGCUGCCGAGUAAUGAACAAAAAAAACUGCCUAUCCUUACCGAGACCAUUUCCCGCCAUGUUCAGGUGGACUCCGAUGAUUUGGACAGACAUUCGACCAAGCCCGAAGAUGGUUGGCAAAUGGACAAAGAUGUCGAACCUAUAUUUCUAACAGGAAACGUAGUUAACGAUUCUCAGUGCCGAUUUUGUUUGCGAAAGCUAGAUAAAAGUCACCUGAAGAUGAUUGAUCGUUCACUAAAAACCAGGUUGCGAAGGGCUUUCAAAAUCAAUAUACAACUAUAUUGUGCGUAUACGUUUGCUUGCGUCAACUGUACAAAUUUGAUACAUGCUUUUAGUGAUUUCCGGGACACGAUUGAGAAAUCCAAAAAAAUUCUUACGCAGGAAAUAUUGUAUGUUCUGGAAGAUGAUACUUGGGUGAAACCAGAUAACUUGGCUGCCGCAGCAAAGUGCCGCGACAUGGUUUCUCAACACUGUGAAAGAAUCGAAGAAAUCUACGCUGUUUACGAGCGAAAGUUGAAGGAAGCUGUUGAUCUUCAGCAUAGAACUGUUCAAACCCUUUACGACGCUGGUGUUGUAGAAGGGCAAACUGAGACAUUUGUUGACCAUGGUGGUGAAGAGUUUGAACAUCUCAAUCAGACAGAAGCAGAUUUUGAGCAAAAACUACAAUUAGAAAUAGAAAUUUUCAAACAAGAAAUCGUUGAGCCAGAAGAGGAGGAAAACAAACUAACAUCAAACAUAUAUCAAGACUUGAAUGUAGCCUCGAAUUUCAAAGCGGAAUUGUAUGAAUACGAAACAUCAAACACUACUUUCAUACCAGAAAAACAGGGGAAAUGUAGUGAGCCGAAAACAAAUGCCUUCGGAGAAUCUGUCUCGAAAUUGGUCCAAUAUAAUUCUCCGAAAUCGCCUGAAGGCAGAAAUGAGACAGAACCUCUAGAACAUAUAUCGAAAAGUGAUUUGAAGGAUAGCUCUAAAACACAUAUCGUUUGUCCUAUCUGUAGAAUAACUGUUCGUAUGGCUAUUUUAGAAGGUCACAUGAAUCAACAUAACGGAGUUCAACCUUACAAAUGUUCCUUCGAGGGUUGUGAUAAAACUUUCUAUGGCAAAUACCACAGAUCUCGGCACAUCCGACGAAAACACGGCGGAAAGUCAAAAAAUGAAAUGAAUAUGCACACAUUUGGAUACAAGGUUAUGGAAAAUUCUAAAAAACAUGUCCUCUGUCCUAUCUGUGAAAAAACUGUUCAUAUAACUACUGCAGAGGGUCACAUGAAUCAACAUAACGGAAUAAAACCUUACAAAUGCCCCUUCGAGGGAUGUGAUAAGGCGUUCUAUGGCAGGAACACCAAAUCUCUCCACAUCCAUCGAAUGCACGGCAAUAAUGGAGAAGCACUCACUUUCAAAUGCGAGAUAUGCGGAAAGUUGAUAAAAGGACCGAUAAAUGCCCUGAAUGUGCAUCUAUAUCGACACAAAGUCAAGGACAUAAAGGACAAAGAUAAGGUCAAGGAAAAAGACAGGGCCAAGGAAAAAGACAGGGACAAGGAAAAAGACAGGGUCAAGGAAAAAGCCGAGGUCAAGGAAAAAGACAAGGUCAAGGAAAAAGACCAGAUCAAGGAAAAAGACAAGGUCAAGGACAAAACCAAUUCUAGAAAAAAUAUCCUUUGUCCUAUCUGUAAAAAAACUUUUCAUAAAAGUACUAAAGAAGCCCACAUGAAUAAACAUAACGGAGUUCAACCUCACAAAUGUCCCUUCGAGGGAUGUGGUAAGGCGUUCUAUGGCAGGAACCAAAAAUCUCACCACAUCCAUCGAAUGCACGGCAAUAAUGGUGAGGCACUCACUUUCAAAUGUGGCAUAUGCGGAAAGUCGAUAAGAGGACCGAAAGACGCCCUAAAUCUGCAUAUAGCUAGACACAAAAGAACAUUGAAAGCGACAUGAUUAUCCCGAAAAAAAAACAUGAUUAUCCACAUGGAUCGGGUCCAGUACGCGUGCCAGUAUUGCGGCAAAAAGUAAGUUGAGAUAUGCUAUGGCGUUGAUCGCAGUUGAAAUUGAAGUCCGGUUUUGUUCUAGAUUCACCUCAAUGCGCACCAAAGGAAUCUGCAUUAAGGGAAGAACGAUUUUGGAAAAGUAGCAGCACCCUCUGAUAAUGACUGAUUUCUCCGAUACACAACUUACUGAAGCUGUCGAACUCUGGGUAGCGUUAACAGUUUCGUUUUUUUUUUAAAUUUAAGAUUCCUUGUCGUUCUCUAACGUUGAAAUAUAGUGAAAAAUUAAAAAUAUUUGCCUCCAUUUCGGAACUGGGAGCUAACCACUACUGUUUGGGAUGACCUUCAGAUUCUGUUUGGCCGUGUGGUGUGCGGUCGAUGAAUACCGCCACAGGGUUAACUCGUCCUUGUCGUAAAAGUCGGACUAAUCGAGUACCAUCAUCGGUGAGGCCGUAACCCAGUGCGGAUGAAUGAUCGUCCUGGGCUCGGCGCACCUUGGAAUGGGGGAGAGUAGAUCAAUGUAGCCGAACGCCAUCUACACAAAUCACCGCGUAAACUAUUUCUUUCGCAGUUUUUUGUGGAUGAUGAUUACGACGAUGCCGAUCGUACAGCAGUUGAUCUACUUUCUUUAAAUUUUUGAGGAACUGAAAUCGGAAGCUGUAAAAAUUGUUGUUUCAUAGUUUAACAGAAAUUUUAAACCAUAUUUCCUAUUUUUUAUAUAUUCCUAAAGUAUUUUUAAUAAAGAGAUAAGAUUUUCCCCUACCUUGGCUUAACUCCAUGGUUGAUCAGCAGCCCCUAAAAUAAAAAAAGAGUGAAGCCGUGUUCAGCUCUAGCUUCGACGGCAAUCUACUUCGCCUGCAGAUUUUAUUUUGAUUUCGUAGAUACGAAGAGACGCCUAUUGUUAUACCUCCCAACCUCCCAAAGUUGAUGUGUAAACUUGAGGCUUCAGACCUGUACUGAAGCUUGCCUUUGGUACGGUCAUUUUCGCGCUAGUAGCAAUAUUCAUAGACGAAUCCUCUCUCAGCAUUUCCCUCAACGAUUUCAUGCCUUGACCCCACCCGUGGCGACUCGGGGUGCGACCUUUUCCUCGUAAUGAUUCGAGGUCCGCCCUUCUGUGCGUCGCGUCGUGUGCCGAUCGUUUGUAAUUAUCCUAUACUCGCGCCUAUCCCAGCAUACGCCCAUAACUUCCACCUGACUCUCCCGUCGGUGUCAAGAAUAAUAUCCACUGCAGAGAAAGUCAUGGCAAAUACCCGAAGCUCCACUCGAAGGGAACGGCUCUAUCAUUCAACUCUGGAUCGCAAAAACCAUGUUUAGGUACUAUAACUAUAGUUCAGCAUCAUCCAGCUCUAAUGGUUUCGCUCGAGGUCACUGGAUUGCAUGCUUCUGUCGAAAAAUCAGCACCUUUCUAUCUAGACUUCAAGAAAGCGGAUUUCGAUGCUAUCUCCCAUAUCCUGGGAACCAUCGACUGGGAAUCUGAACUCAAUCUAUUGAAUCCCAAUGCUGCGGCCGAAACCUUUUCGCAUAUCUUAAAUUACGUUAUCGACCGCCACGUGCCAAAGCGAACGACUUCCGGAAAUUUGCGGACUCCCUGGUUUACGAAAGAACUGCGUCGACUGAAGAAGGCGAAGAGAUGUGCUCUUAGAAAUCACCAUAAGCUCAAAUCCUCCCAAACUAAGGAUGUAUAUCGAAGACUGAACUCCGCUUAUAAAAAAGCCAGUAAGCGUUGUUACCAAAAUUAUCUUUUUCGAGUACAACGUAACCUCAAGUCCAACCCAAAAUCGUUCUGGAAGCAUGUCAAAAGUCAGCGGAAUGAACCUGGUAUUCCAACUCAAAUGUUUCUGGAUGGCAACACUGCGAACUCUGAUGGCGGAAUCUGUGCUCUCUUUGCUCAAAAAUUCUCGAGUACCUUUGCUACUGCUUCAACAUCCCCAGAACACCUGGAGAGUGCUGUUAGGAAUGUUUCGCCACUCGGCUUCAGCAUGAGCACGGUUGUAAUAGAGGAUGCGGUCAUAUCUAAAGCAGCGGCAAAGCUCAAAAACUCCCUCUCUACUGGCCCGGACGGUAUACCAUCUACCUUUUUCAAACGAUUUAUUCCUGUUUUACUGACACCUGUAAGACUCAUCUUCCAAGCUUUUCUUGACAGAGCCACCUACCCUUCACUGUGGAAGGAAGCCUACAUGUUUCCAGUCCAUAAAAGGGGGGACCGGAGAGAUAUCAACAACCAUAGAGGAAUUUCUGCUUUAUGUGCAAUCUCCAAACUAUUCGAAUUAGUCGUCAUGGAUCCGAUUUUCUCGUACUGUAAGCAAAAUUUUUCAAUCGAUCAGCACGGUUGUAUGCCCAAAUGCUCUACGACAACUAACCUGUUGACAUUCACCUCCUAUGUAAACGAAAGUUUUGCUGCUAAGUCUCAAACUGACGCCAUUUAUACUGAUUUGUCAGCAGCGUUUGAUAAGGUGAACCACGAUAUCACCAUUGGUAAGCUUGGGCGCUUAGGAUUCUGCGGACCUUUACUUGGCUGGUUCCGCAGUUACUUAACUGGACGUAAAUUGACAGUUCGCACCUGAGACCCUCUCUCCAGCCAGUUCGCUGCUUCCUCUGGUGUGCCCCAAGGUAGUCAUUUAGGACCGAUUAUCUUCUUAAUCUAUUUCAACGAUGUGCUCACACUCCUUGACGGCCCGAAACUUUGUUAUGCUGAUUUAUUGACGACAUUGAUUUUCUGCAAAACCAGUUUAAUCUUUUCGCACAGUGGUGCGACAUCAACUGCCUGCCUUUGAAUCGCAGUAAAUGUGCAGUCAUCAGUUUCUCUCGAAGACGGCGGCCUUUUUGCGCGGAGUACUUCUUAGGAGAUGAGUCCAUUGCACGGGUGGACCACAUCAAUGAUUUGGGCGUAAUACUCGACCGUAAGCUGGAAUUCAAAAUACAUACGAACUACGUCGUCGAUAAAGCUUCUAGAAGCCUUGGAUUUUUAUUUCGAGUGGCCAAGGAAAUCAAGGACGUGUAUUGCCUGAAGAGCCUGUAUUGCAGCAUAGUUCGAUCCAUCCUCGAAUACGCCUUAGCUGUCUGGUGUCCUUACUACCAGAACGGUAAUGAGCGGCUCGAGGCUAUCCAGAGGCGCUUUUUGCGUUAUGCCCUCAGACACCUUAACUGGCAAGACCCGUUCCACAUGCCAAGCUACGAACAUCGAUGUCGUCUUAUAGACAUAGAUACUCUUCAAGCCCGAAGAAAUGCAACACGAGCUUCUUUUGUCGCCGAUCUACUGACAUCGCGUAUCGAUUGUCCUACGCUACUGGAAGCUAUUCCUCUUAGUGUGAGACCCCAUGGACUGAGAAACCAGGACCUUCAACUGUAUGUUCCAAUUCGAUUGAACAACUAUGGAGCCAAUAGUGUAUUCAUCGGUGUAAUGAAAACGUUAAACCGCUUUUCCGAGCUCUUCGACUUCGACGAUUCGCGGGAUGUUUUCCGAAGAAAUGUUUUAAGAAUAUCAAGAAAUCGCUAAUUAGAUGUAAAUUUUAUGUAACUUUAACUUUAAGUCGUCAUUUGGACCUAUACUUGGUCCAUCGUUUGCACGUAUCGUGAUCGUUUGCACGUCACAAACGCUCGUGCUACGACGCUCGUCUGACUUUGUUUCAAGUAGAAGGGUAUCAGGCACAGCGAGCAUCUCACUUCCACUCUCCCAAGUAUAAGGAUCGGUUAGAUGCGCUAACUGGCAGUUGAGCUAGCCCACUUGUUUCCUUCUGUAGUGCAGAGACAGACUCUUUCCCGAAUGGUGGCUCCAUCAGCAUGAAUACUUCUGAUUUCCUGGAGCUUUUCACCCAAACCGGCCAGCUUGAGAUCUCCCUUCUGUUGUUGCUAAACAUCCAAAUACGAGUUUCUGGGUCUGCCAAUCCUUCGAAGUCCUUCUGGACUCCAUUCAAGCGCCUCCCUACAAAUCUCGUUCUCAUCUCUUCGCAGCGUGUGCACCAUCCAUCUCCACUUACGUUCCCGAAUCCCGAUUUCUAGCGCCCUUUGAUGACACCGACAAUGAAGUUCCACGUUUGAGAUCCAAUUGCCAGGCCACCAAGCGCGGAUGAUACUCCGCAGGCAGCGAUUCACAAAUCAGUAUUCGCGUCGUCACCGCAUAUGUGCACCAAGUUUCACGCCCGUACAACAAUACGGAUUUGACGUUUGAGUUGAAGAUUCGGAUUUUCGUUCGUAGACAGAUCUGGCAUGAGCGCCAGAUGUUUCGGAGACUCGCAAACGCAAAUCGGGCUUUUCCGAUUCAGAUUUCGAUGUCUUUCUUGGUACCAUCAUCAGGCGUUAUCUGGCUACCAAGACACUGGAAGCACUUCACUUCAACCUGUUGCCCAGCUACCACGAAAUUGGAAGGAUUUAGUGUGUUGAUUUCCAUCGACUUGGUCUUUCCGACAUUGAUUUUGAGAUCUGCUGCCUUGGAGCUUUCGGUGAGGUCGUCGAGUAUGCUCUGCAUAUCUUGUUAUCUUUGGGCGAGCAAAACAAUAUCGUCUGCCUGGUCAAGGUCAUUCAGCUGCUCCAUUGUAGAAGGAUUCCACGGCAAUCCUCGGUUUGGUCUACAGUCAAUCGAUCCAGUCAAGAUCUCAUCCAUUACUGUGAGAAAAAGCAGUCUCCCCUGCCUCAUUGGUAUUACUGUUCAACACAUAUCCUGGGUCAGUCAGCAGCUUAAGUUUCUCAGAAUCUAAACCUAGACUAAAGCCUUUCGUCCAUUUUAAAAUUUUCCUAUUAAUCAUUGAUGAGACGCUGUCUUCGCUUACAACUGCUUUAAUGCGCAAAAUGUACAAUCAUGUAAAUAAAUUGUUUCAAUUAUGCAUCGUAAUCAUUCGAGGCCGGAUAGAAGUUAUUGUUCAAAUAUUCAUUACUGAUAGCUCAUUCAGGUAUCAGAAAAUGAGAAGGCUUGAUAGUGGCACGUUAUCCUUUUGCCAUACUUUUGUCAUAUUCUGCUUAGUUGGUUUGCAACUUAAAAAGAGCAAAUCGAGAACACAAUAGUAACAUAUAAUGUUUUCCGUCAGAUGUUGCUUCCGUCGCAGAGAAAAAAUAGGCAUCAAUCGCGUGAAUCGUGAAUGCUCAAUCACAUGUAGAACACAUACGCACGGGGCGGUGAAAUUGUUUUGCACAAAAUUGUUAUGUGACAAGGGAAAAUAAUUCUCUUAGCAGUUCCGAAUUGUUACGUAAGAAAAUUUAAAAAAAAAAAUUCCUCAAU